AUGGAGUUGAUGCCUCUUCGACGCGAUGCGGAGCCACUAAUGCAUUCUCAUAGCAAUGCAAGCGAGAACAAAGAUAAUCAGUACGAAUUCGGCGAUACAGACAUUCAACCGGGCCGAAACAGGCCGAAGUCAUUUAAAGAACGCUUCGUUGGCUGGAGGCGUACGCUUCUGUUAGGAUGUGUGAUUUCCGUGGUUGUACUUUUGUUCAAUCUAGGCUUCACCUUAUGGGCCGUUCAGCAUCGCCAUGUUCAAGACGGUCAAGGAGUCCUCUACGAGGGGGACUGUAAGAAGGUCCGGAAUGCUGGUGUAGGUUUUCAUUUGAUCAUUAACAUCCUAAGCACUGCUCUCUUGAGUGCGAGCAACUACUGUAUGCAAGUCUUGGGUGCACCAACGAGGAAGGAGGUUGACACAGCCCACCAAAAUGGACAGUGGCUCGACCUAGGUGUGUUGAGUUUACGGAAUUUGUCCCAAAUAACCAAGAAACGGUUCUGGCUGUGGAUUUGUUUGGCCUCUUCCUCUGUUCCUCUUCAUCUAAUGUCAGCGCCAUGCUACAUCCCGUUCUCUAUGUACAAUUCCACCGUUUUCUCAUCAGUAUCCGCCAACGCCUAUGAUGUCUUUGCUGCAAAUGGCUCACCAAAUCACACGGCUGUGUCGGUUAUAGAAUCGGACUUCGGGGAUGACGGGCACCGGCAAGCAAUUCUCAGACUACAUGCGAAAGCACAAAACGGCACUCUAUAUCGACUUGAUAAUUCUGCUUGUGUGAAUGCGUAUGCCACAGCCUUUCAGUCGACAUAUGGCAGCCUUAUUUUAGUGACAGGCAACGUCACUCCAGCCGAUCAUUUCGACCUUGUGUACACACAAUCAGUCUUUACAACCAACGUAGCUGUUGUUGGUGCAAGUGGAUAUAACUGGAUAUGCGAAGACUUGGAACAUCAUGAAUAUGCGUGGCAAUAUACUCCAUGCAUCACUUCUCUACCAGAAGUCCAAGCCCGAGUAGCAGAAAAUAAUUGGACAGUUGGUGGGUACAAACCAGAGUACUGUCUUGUUGAGGAGCCUACUCCACAUUGCAAGCUACAGUACAGUUUGUAUUUGGUGGUCAUUGUGAUCGCAUUUAAUAUCGUGAAGGCCAUAGUCUUAUGCUAUGUCGCUUUCACCUCGAAAGACUCUCCACUUCUUACCACUGGUGACGCAGUUUCAUCUUUCUUGAGGACACCUGACCAAUCCUCGCGAGGCAUGUGUCUAUUGCCUAUGGAAUCUGUUAGGCAACCAGCCAAAUACAGAAGAACCAUGACCUUUGAUGCAAAACCAAGAAGAUGGCGGUCGGCUAUCUCUCGAAGGAGAUGGUCAUUUGGUAUCGCAUGCUAUUCAAUCGCUCUUGGAGCCUGCGGUAUCCUCCUUGCGCUCGGACUAACUCUCUCCUUCGACUCAACUGGUAUCUGGAGUGUCGGACUAGGGCAAAUCAGCACCCAGUCACUGAUCUCUUCUGGGGGAUACACGAUUUCGUCAGUGGUGGCCAACAGCCUAAUAGCAAACUUGCCCCAACUCGUAUUCUCCAUGCUGUAUUUUGCAUGCAACGGUCUUGUCACGACCAUGGCCCUAGCACACGAAUGGAGUCAAUAUGCAGUCCAGCGGAAAGGACUGCGCGUCUCUGCCCAGCCAAUGGGUGCACAACGGAGCACAUACUUCCUCUCUCUGCCCUAUCGCUACGCCAUUCCAUUCAUUAUCUUGUCGACGCUUGUGCACUGGCUCAUCUCCGAGAGCCUUUUCCUUGUCAUGAUCGAAGCGUACACGGGGGAUCUGGAGCGAGAUCCCAUCAACGAUAUAAUAACUUGUGGGUAUUCACCAAUCGCCAUCGUCGCAACCAUUUCAGUUGGAGCUGUCGCCCUUAGUACUCUUAUUGGAUUGUGCUUCAGACGCUUCAAUUCUGGGAUGCCGGUCACCGGGAGCUGUAGCCUGGCUAUUGCAGCCUCUUGUCAUUCUAAUGCGAGUCCAACAGACUGUGCUCGGGAGGAUGAAUCGGUAUUACCACUUCAAUGGGGAGAAGUGGGAGGGAGGGGCGACGUGAGGCAUUGCACCUUUUCCAGUGCAGAGGUAUACAUGCCACAACAUGGCUGGGUUUACCGGUAA